CCUUAUCAAACACGCUCGCGCGGCCACGCGCGCACGGCCACCGCCGUACGCAAGGUCACUGCCGCCACCGUCUCCGGCGCGCGACCAUCACAUUGCCGCCGAGCUCCUGGAACUCACAACACUAAUAGAGAUGGCUCUUCGUUUUGAGAUUCUUGGAAGGUUUAACCGUGCUCGAGCAGCUAAACUCACACUUCCGCAUUUUGUGUGCGAGACGCCUUUAUUUAUGCCUGUCGGCACACAAGGUACAAUAAAAGGUUUAACGACUAGCCAGCUUGAGGAAAUUGGAUGCCAUAUAAUUCUCGGAAACACGUAUCACUUGGCUCUCCGGCCCACCUCUGAGCUCAUUCAUGAGAUGGGGGGCCUCCACAAAUUCAUGAAUUGGCCUAGGGCAUUGCUGACCGACUCUGGUGGCUUUCAAAUGGUCUCCUUAUUGCAUCUGGCCGACAUCACUGAGAAGGGUGUAACGUUUCAGUCACCAGUUGAUGGGAAACCAAUGCUACUUACUCCAGAAGAGUCGAUACAAAUACAAAAUCGAAUAGGAGCUGAUAUUAUUAUGGCCCUCGAUGAUGUUGUUAAAACCACAAUCACAGGCCCACGGAUUGAAGAGGCUAUGUAUCGUACUCUUCGUUGGAUAGAUAGGUGCAUAGCAGCACACAAGAGACCUCACGAGCAGAAUUUAUUCGGAAUUGUACAAGGUGGCUUAGAUCCAGUAUUAAGGGAUAUAUGCGUCAGAGGUCUAGUGGACAGAAAUUUGCCUGGCUAUGCUAUUGGUGGUCUUGCUGGAGGUGAAGAUAAAGAUUCAUUUUGGCGCGUUGUUGCCCAGUGCACAGCUGCAUUACCUGAGGACAAACCACGAUAUGUUAUGGGUGUUGGCUAUCCACUAGAUAUUGUAGUUUGCAGUGCAUUAGGUGCUGACAUGUAUGAUUGUGUCUAUCCUACACGUACUGCUCGUUUUGGGACGGCUCUUAUACCCGAGGGAGUAUUAAAACUUAAACACCAGGCUAUGGCUAAUGAUACUCGCCCGAUCGAUCCUACAUGUGAAUGCACCGUAUGUAAAAAGUAUUCACGAGCGUACAUUCACUGCCUUGCCACUAAAGAGGCAAUGGGAUCUAUUCUUAUAUCUUAUCACAAUUUAUAUUACAUGAUGAAGCUUAGCAGGGAUUUACACUCCUCUAUUGUUGACGGCCGAUUUCCAGAGUUCGUCUGCACGUUUCUGCAAAAAAUGUUUCCGAAAGGCGAUGUUCCUCAAUGGGUGUGCAAUGCUAUGGAGGCCGCCGGUAUCGAUAUAUCUUCGUGUUGUACUCCACCUGAUACGAACCACGCCAAUGAUGUGACGAGACCCGAUAACAAUACUUCGGACUGUCCAAAAGAAGAAUCAAACGAAGUCUUAUGA